CACGGAGUUGUUUACUCGAUGAAGUUUUAGAACAAAAACAUCUCAACCAAUCACGCCAAAUUCUCGCAUCUGGUGUUGAAACCUUGUCAGUUUUUAGGCCUUAUUUCCUUGAUUACUCUGCAUUAGUUGGACUGUUUGAACAAUGGCAUCAAACAAUGGGCGCAAACCAAAAAUGGUUGUGUUUGAUCUAGAUUAUACACUAUGGCCAUUUUGGGUUGACACACAUGUAGAUCCACCAUUUCAAAAAAGAAAGUCUGGAGAGGUUGUGGAUCGUCAUGGUAGACUUGUGAAACCAUACCCUGAAGUACCAAAGAUUCUAGAAAGGUUAAAGUCAGAGGGUUACAUCAUAGCUGUAGCUUCAAGGACUGCAUGUACCAAAGAAGCAAACUCUCUUAUAGCCCUGUUUGACUGGAAUAAAUACUUCACAUACAAAGAAAUAUAUCCUGGUUGUAAAAUUACACAUUUUAACAAAUUUAAAGGUUACAGUGAGUUACCAUUUGAGGAUAUGUUGUUUUUUGAUGAUGAGUACAGAAAUAUACGAGAUUUGUCUAAAGAAGGAGUAACAUGUUACUAUGUUGAUGAGGAUAUAGGUGUAACAGAGAGUGUAAUACAAGAAGGUUUCCAGCAGUUUGCUGAUGGUAUCAAGAAGAAAAGUUGACCACAACAGAAACUAGAGGACUUUAAUUUGUGUUUUCUGUGAUAGAUCCAUUUUUAUCUAGAUUGGACUCCACAUUUCAAGCUAUAUUUUAAGAUGUUCAGAGUGAGAACUUUCAGAUAAAGAAUUAAAAUUCAUAAACUCUGUUACAUGACCAUAUCAAUUGAGGAUAUGUUUUUGCUUCUGUAUAUCCAUCUUUUAUGUAAAAACAAACAAAUGUUCUAUUUAUUGUUAUGUCUUUUCAGUGGGUUUAUCUGUGCACCUUUAUGUGUGCAUUUCAAAAUGUUACACGAAGUCAAGACGUUAUAAUAUCUAUGAUUUGGAAAAGUUUGAUAGUUCUAUGAGAGUCUGAUAGAUCUAUGAGAUUUCUAGAUUUCUUUCACAUUUGAAUACAGCAGAACAUGUAUUUUUAUGUUUUUGGCAUUUCAAGUGAUUUUUGAUAUUUUUUUUCGGAUAUAAUCUACAAUUUUAUUUCAACAAGACAUUGAAACAUAUUAAGUAGAACAGAAAAUAGUUUGGCUGGGACAGCUUUCAACAGAAAAGAGAAUAAUAUAAGUACAUUUGUAUCUUUUUUGCUUUUGCCAUGUUUAUAGAAUGAAAAAGGAAAAUCAAAACGUUAGAAUGGAACUUUACUAUUUAAAAGAAUUGACAAGUCCUGCAGGUCCAGGUUACAUUAAUAUUAUUGAAGCCAUGUUUUUUCAUUUUAAAUCAUGAAGUCAGUUUUUAGCUCACCUGAGCAAUGCUCAGGUGAGUUUUUCUGAUCGCUCGAUGUCCGGCGUCCGUCGUCUGUCGUCUAGUGUCUGUCGUCUGUCGUCCGUCGUCUGUCAACAUUUAGCUUGUGUAUGCGAUAGAGGCUGUAUUUUUCAAUUAAUCUUCAUGAAUAUUGGUCAGAAUGAUAACCUUGAUGAAAUCUAGGCCGAGUUCGAAAAUGGGUCAUUUCGGGUCAAAAACUAGGUCACUAGGUCAAAUCAAAGAAAAACCUUGUGUAUGCGAUAGAGGCUGUAUUUUUCAUUUAAUCUUCAUGAAUAUUGGUCAGAAUGAUAACUUUGAUGAAAUUUAGUCCGAGUUCGAAAAUGGUUCAUCUUGGGUCAAAAACUAGGUCACUAGGUCAAAUCAAAGAAAAACCUUGUGUAUGCGAUAGAGGCUGUAUUUUUCAUUUAAUCUUCAUGAAUAUUGGUCAGAAUGAUAACUUUGAUGAAAUCUAGGCCGAGUUCGAAAAUGGGUCAUCUCGGGUCAAAAACUAGGUCACUAGGUCAAAUCAAAGAAAAACCUUGUGUAUGCGAUAGAGGCGGUAUUUUUCAAUUAAUCUUCAUGAAUGUUAGUCAGAAUGAUAACCUUGAUGAAUUCUAAGCCGAGUUCGAAAAUGGGUCAUCUCGGGUCAAAAACUAGGUCACUAGGUCAAAUCAAAGAAAAACCUUGUGUAUGCGAUAGAGGCUGUAUUUUUCAAUUGAUCUUCAUGAAUUUUGGUCAGAAUGAUUUCCUUGAUGAAAUAAAGGCCGAGUUCGAAAAUGGGUCAUCUCGGGUCAAAAACUAGGUCACUAGGUCAAAUCAAAGAAAAACCUUGUGUAUGCGAUAUAGGCGGUAUUUUUCAAUUGAUCUUCAUGAAUUUUGGUCAGAAUGAUAUCCUUGAUGAAAUCUAGGCGGAGUUCGAAAAUGGGUCAUCUGGGGUCAAAAACUAGGUCACUAGGUCAUAUCACGUAAAAACCUUGUGUAUGCGAUAGAGGCUGUAUUUUUCAAUUGAUCUUCAUGAAUUUUGGUCAGAAUGAUUACCUUGAUGAAAUUUAGACCAAGUUCGAAAAUGGGUCAUCUGGGGUCAAAAACUAGGUCACUAGGUCAAAUCAAAGAAAAACCUUGUGUAUGCAAUAGAGGCUGUAUUUUUCAACUGAUCUUCAUGAAAUUUAGCCAGAAUGAUUACCUUGAUAAAAUCUAGGCCGAGUUCGAAAAUGGGUCAUCUGGGGUCAAAAACUAGGUCACUAGGUCAAAUUGAAGAAAAACAUUGUGUAUGCAAUAGAGGAUGUAUUUUUCAAUUGAUCUUCAUGAAGUUUGGUCAGAGUGAUUGCCUUGAUGAAAUCUAGGUCUAUUUUGAAUAUGGGUUAUCUGAGGUCAAAAACUAGGUCACUAGGUCAAAUUAAAGAAAAAUCUUGUGUAUGCAAUAGAGACUGUUUUUUUCAGUUGAUUUUUAUGAAAUUUGAUCAGGUUGAUUGCCUUAAUGAAAUCUAGGUCGAAUUUGAAUAUGGGUCAUCUGAGGUCAAAAACUAGGUCACUUGGUCAAAUCAAAGAAAAAACUUCUGUAUGUGAUAGAGGCUGUAUUUUUCAGUUGAUCUUCAUGAAUUUUGGUCAGAAUGAUUGCCUUGAUAAAAUCUAGGUCGAGUUUGAACAUGGGUCAUCUAGGGUCAAAAACUAGGUCAUAUCUAAGAAAAUGCUUGUUUUAUCGCAAGAGACCAAUUUUUUGGUCCAAUCUUAAUGAAAAUUGGUCAGAAUAUUUGUUUCCAUGAAAUCACUAGGUCAAACCUGUUUUACACUGUAAAUGGAGUGUUUCUUAGGUGAGUGACCUAGGGCCAUCUUGGCCCUCUUGUUAUUGUACAUCAGGCAAAAAAAUGCAAGCUUUAAAGGGCAUCACAAGUUUUAUUUAAUAUUUUGUUAAUUUAGAAAAUUCUUCCUUUCAACAAGUAUAAAUAGAAAGAAGAAAUGAAAUGUGAUUCAAGGAGGUCUAGAUAUUAAUUAUGUAUAUACACUCUUGUGUUUUCUUUAUGACAUGUAGAAAAAGUGUUAUUGAUACAGUACAAAUUUUGGGAAAUUAGGAAUUUAUCUGAACUUUGUAUUAUUUUCAUAUAACAGUAAUAUCAACUUAAAUGAUAAUGGUUAAUGAGUUUUAUUUGAUUCAUAAAUGUUACUAUGAAUUUUAUAUAUGAGCCGUACUGUGAGAAAACCAACAUAGUGCAUUUGCGACC